CCGAUAAGGUGACACGCCGCCCUAUUCCGUUAUUAUUAUUUUUUAAAUUCCCGUUAUAUGUAGCAGUUUGACAUUUGAAAAUCUGUUCUGUAAAAAUCUCAAGUUUGGCGAAAUAACUGGAUUUUCAAUUCGUUGCCAGUUAUUGUAUUUGAUAGAAUAUCUGUCAAGUUGUGAUUCACAGAAGAAGUGACUGGGUUUGGGUAGACAUGUCCGCAGAAAUGGACAAAGCAACUGAUGCAAGCGGGGGCGAUGAAGAAGAAUGGUUAUAUGGAGAUGAGAGUGAGGAGAAGGCAGAGGAAGAGGCACCUAAUAGUGCAAAGGCCCAGACGACUGCUGAAGAGGUCCAUGAGAAUGGAGUAGUGAAGCAGGAUACAGGCCAGGAAGAUGAAGAAAGUGACAGUGACAGUGAGGAUGAUGAUGACGUGUGUGUAACCAUUGGCGAUAUAAAGACCGGAGGCUCGUCUCAGCCUUUCAAUGCUUUUGGAUCCACACCAGUUAAUCUCAACAUUAAGGCUGCAGGGAGAACACAUGCGUCAGUUGGCCCCAAAGCCAAAGGAGUGGACCUGGAUGCACUGGGCAGUGUUAACGGUAUCCCUGUGUUGGAGGUCGACAUUGAGUCUUUUGAAGAAAAGCCGUGGAGAAAGCCUGGUUCGGACCUCUCAGACUACUUUAACUAUGGCUUUAACGAGGACACCUGGAAGACCUACUGUGAGAAACAGAGGAGACUACGCAUGGGCUAUGAGGGCAUGAACCAUGCUUCAGCCACUAAAAUCAUGGUCCACCAGGGACGUUCAGCCCAUGGUGAUAGGGAUGGGGCCCUUUCCUGCUUUAGGUCUGACUAUUCCUCCCCCAGCAACCACUACAAUUCAGGCUCCUCCAGUAGAAAGCCGAGCGGCACCAUUGAUGUUAUUGGGGGACAAACUGGUACCAUCAGCCGGGUAGAGGGACGAAGACGUCACAAUAUAGAAGGAAAUAACAUCCAGGUGCUUUCUGAGCCCCCCUCUGAUGCUGAGCCUACUCCCACUAAGAUGCCCCCCUUUUUUCCUCCCAACAUCCCCCCGCCUCCUUUCCCGCCUCCACCCCACAAUGUCAGCUCCGCCCCUCCACUCAUUCCUCCACCACGGAUCCCCAUCAAUGUUCCUCCACCUGGCUACCCUCCUGGCGCACCACCUCCUUCUCUGAUUCCCACCUUAGACAGUGGACGCUCAGGAGGCUAUGAUGGUCGCUCAGCUCCACCGUACCCCCCCUUCCCUCCAGGUGUGUAUCCUCCUCCUCCCCCGGGUAGCGCAGCAGCCUCCUGGGCUGGGGUAUUCGACAGUGCCAAGGCCUGGGAGUACUACGCGCAGCGGGACAACGAGCGAGAGCGCCACAAGGAAAGAGACCGAACCAGAGAACGUGGACACGAGAAAGAAAGAGAAAGGGAGAGAGAGCACAACCCUUCCUCCCAGGUCGUCAACAGUGAGGAGGAUCGGCACCGGCACAGGGACUAUGGGGAGAGAGGAUAUGACCGCCACCACCACGAGAGAUCCAGCAGAGAAAAAGAAGAGAGACACCGAGAGAAGAGACACAGAGACAAAGAGGAGGGGAGACACAAGUCCUCAAGCAGUAGCAGCAGGAGGAGACAUGAGAGUGAGGAGGGGGACAGUCAUCGAAGACACAAACACAAGAAGGUCAAGAGGAGCAGAGAGGACAAGGAGCCCAGCCAGGAACUCUCUGCUGACCAGGAGAACCAAUCAGAGCCCACAGAGUGAUUCUCUGUCCCUCUCACCAGUCAAUAGGGGGACCUGCUGUGACCCUCAGGCAUUCUGUUUAACAUAUCAGACACUGGAACCAAUCAGAGCCCACAGAGUGAUUCUCUGUCCCUCUCACCAGUCAAUAGGGGGACCCGCUGUGACCCUCAUUCUGUUUAACAUAUCAGACACUGGACUGCUCCUCUAAUAUAUUUCAGUUCACUUUGAAGGUGAAAAACCCAAAGCAUUGUUUUAUGUAUACGUUGUAUACAACUUGUAUAUUUUGACUCAUCUGAGAGACGUGUUUUGUUUUACUGAAUUUAAGAGAUAUGUUUGGAUAAAGGAGCUGACUGGA